AUGGUGUCUAAGGGUGUGCUAGUGUUGUCUUGCCACGGCUUGGUGUGGGUAGGUGCGAUUGCAUUGGCGUUGUGGGCAGGCGCCGCUCGCGCAGCUGUCCAUUACGAUACCGCUACGCCGCAUACACCCCCUUACAAAUAUAAAUAUAUACCGUUGGGUUCUAGUUAUGGCGGGGUACCAGGUCAAUCAACAUCACCGCCGCUGGGGGAUACGGUGCAGCAAUACACCGGCAUGCCACUAUCUGAAUUCGUUCUCACAGCACUAAGAACAGCUUUGGAUGUUGUUAGAAACGUGAACAAGCAACGAGCGAUUACAGCUGCAGCUAAAAAGAACAGUACGAUACCUACGUUAAGACGAACGAGAACGAGUAAUUCAACUGUCGGGACCGGACGAGGGUUUGAAGAUUACUAUGAUGAAGACCAUCACCAUCACGAGACUACGACCACCAUGAAGCCCAAACCCAGAUACACUGACCCAUGGGCCGGCUACUACGACUGGGUUAUCAACGAGGGAUCCUUUAAGUUCUGGAGUGUGUUUCAAUUAUUUACUGCUGCACUACUACUGUACGCUUGCUUGUCAGCCAUUUACUAUGCGAAGUUCAACCCUAUAUUACCCGACUACGACAGGGAGUACGACGAUUACUUUCUUGAGCGGACAGUUGGCAGAACUGCUAGAAGUUUGGACCAAAGUGAGAUGCCUUCUGGACACAGUUGGAUAAACCCGACGACUUUCCAGUUCAUACUUGAUGCUAUAUCAAAACAUUAUGAAGAGGAGGAAUGA